AUGGAUUACGAAACCAAACUUGUAUUCCAAGUAGGGCUCCUCCUAUUGCCUAUUUUUGUGGUGGCCCUCAGAGUGUUAGCCAUCUUACCCUCAGUAGGAUUAGGUAGCCUGAACAAAGAUCUCAAGAGUAUUUCAGAUAUAACACUGGGAACAGGUCUGAGUAUCAUGGUUUUGCUUGGAUCAGGUGGCCAUACAGGUGAGAUGAUGAGGAUAUUGUCCAAUGUCGAUUUGAGUUCUGUCAGGCGAACCUGGGUGGUAUCUAGUGGAGAUUCAUCUUCUCUCGUUAGAGCCAAAGAGUUCGAAGACAAGUAUCAGCAAAAUGGUAAAACCUGCAAGUCUUCGGAGUAUUUGACUUUGUAUAGAGCUAGAAAAGUAGGCGAGUCGUUGCUUCUGUCUUUGAACAGCACCGUGAGGUCAUUUGUUGAUACUGUGAACCAAUUGCGUAAGUUGCCGGAACUUCCCUCUGUUCUCUUGCUUAAUGGGCCAGGAACGUCUGUUCCUUUGGCUUAUAUCUUGUUUGGAAUGAAGUUCUUCGGCCUUUGCAAUACACGCAUCAUCUACAUAGAAAGUCUUGCCCGGGUGAACAAGCUUAGUUUGAGUGGGUUGUUGCUUCUUCCCAUCUCCGAUAGGUUUAUAGUGCAAUGGGAGCAAUUGUACCAUAAGUACAAGAGAGCAGAGUACUACGGUAUACUCAUAUAG